UAAAGUGGUGACGUAAUCGGAAGCUGGGACACAAAGUGAACGCGGGGAAGUCGGAGAGUAACCCAGGUCAGCAGUGAAAUUGCCGGUUCCCUGUCAUUGCUCCGGGUCCUGCACCGUGGGGAACCGCGUGGUGCAGACCUGGGUGCGGAGGACACGGCGGGGUGACGCGGGGACCUGAAACCUCCCCGGAGCCACAGUCGCCGCGCGGGGCGGCCUGGGAAAGUCACCAGUCAGCAGCGCAGUGGCGGGAACCGCAGCCCGGUGGCCCUGGAACCUCCCAGGGCUCACUGAUCACCAUGACCUGCUCACCUGUGCUGCAGAACAAAGUGACCUGGAAGGAGAGAGGAGACAGUAGCUAAGGAUCCAGGUAUGGUGGAGACAAUGGUGAAGGAGUGGAAAGGGGAUCAAGUGAAUGUGGAAGUGGGACAUGAAAUCAGUUUUGCCACAUUCUGUUUCACUAGAAAUAAUUCUGGAGACUUCCACUGAGAAAAAUGUCCUCAGGAUUAUCCUAAUGUAGUCAUGUGAAGGCUUUCUUCAGAAGAAUUGAUAAUGGAGUCAAAUAAAGUUUUAUUGACUAUCUAUGCAUGUGAGUGAUGCUGUCCUUAUUCACAUCAGAGAUCAUGUUUUCAUACCAUUAUUAAAUAAUUUUCAUUCAUUGUUUUAAUGUAUUAUAAAAAUGAUGAAAAUUAAUACCUCUAGGUUUAUUUAUUGUAUUCAGAAUUUUUGAGCUUUGGUAUUCUAGCACAUUCUCUACCUUUUAGUGUUUUUGUCUCUGUUACUGAAAAUAAUGCCAACAGAGUUUUGAUAAGAAUCAGGAACUAUAUUUACAGCCUACUUCACUGCAUCUGUACUGCCUCCUCUUGUCUCCCAUUGCCUGUUGGAGAUUAGGAUAAAUAUUUACAAUGCACUAGGACUUAUGCUGAUUCAGUAAAGUACUGGUUGUAGGUUCUCCUCCAGGAUCCAUGCCUUUACUAGCCCUGGGGAAACAGGCUACGUUUCCAGUACCAGGCACAUUUUCCCUCUUGUCGAGAGGGUCUUAAUCCAAGUAGAAGCUGUUGGUUACAGCCUAACUAUGUGUCCUACUCUUGCACCCCUAGGGCUAUCAUGCAGUACACAUCAUUGGUGUGGUUCAUAGGUGUCAUGGCUGGGUAGGACAGUUGUUUGGCUCCCUCCUUGGGAAGGUUACAUGUCACCUUCUGAUACCAUGAAAGCUAAUCCCCAGGGAAGAGGCUUUGAGGUGAGUUCCAUCCCCAGCCCCCUAGGAUUUGUCUGAAGUGUGUGGCUUCUUCAACACUAGGAACUCAACUUCUGUCUCUAGUAGGCAACGGCGGGCAACAGCAGUAGCCUGCAAUGUUUGGAAGUUUCUUGGACAACUGUGACCUAUAACUUCAAAUCAGAUUUGAGAGGGAAGCGACCAUCAAUUCAUUGUUCCUGAAAGAGAAAGCCAAAGAAGAUAAACAGUUAGAAAUGGUUGAUUCUCCAGUAAUCACGUUUCAGGGUCUGUUGACAUUCAGGGAUGUGACUGUGGACUUUCCCCAGGAGGAGUGGGAAUGCCUGGACUGUGCUCAGAGGGCUUUGUACAUUGAUGUGAUGUUGGAGAAUUACAACAACCUGGUCUUUGUAGAGAAUUAUUACAGAUGUAAUCCUGUCCAUCAACAUGUGAAGACGGAAAAGGAGUCUUGUCAGUGUAAUGACCUUGGGAAAGUGCUUUAUGACCCCUCCACAUGUGCACUUUAUAGAACAAGUCAAACUACAGAAAACUCUAAUAACUACACAUGUAGUAACAACAAGGAUGCCUGUACUGACUCAUCAAACCUAGAUAGACAUGAAAACAUGCACAAUGGAGAAGAACUUUGCAAAUCUAAAGACCAUGGGAAAACUUUAAAUUUGUGUUCCAUCAUUACUCAAGAUCAAAGACUCUUCACUGCAAAGAAGGAGCACAGGCAGGGAGAAUAUGAUGACUAUUUUGCCUCUGCAUAUAGUCUUUUGCAACAAGCAAUUCGAGAGACACCACACCAAUGUGGGAAAUGCGGAAAAUGCUUUAGGACUGCCUCAUACCUCACUGAACAUGAGAGAAUUCAUACUGGAAUUAAGCCCUACAAGUGCAAUGUUUGUGAAACAUCCUUUACCCUGCUUUCAAGUCUUGAUAUACAUCUAAGACUUCAUACUGAGGAGAAACCUUACAAAUGCAAAGAAUGUGGAAAGUCAUUUCAUCAGUUGUCAGCAUUUCAUAGCCAUCUGAAAUUGCAUAAUGGAGACAAACCUUACAAAUAUAAAGAAUGUGGCAAAUCCCUUACCCACUCUUCCACUCUCAAGAAACGUCAGAAAAAGCAUGUUGUUAGGAGAAAUUAUAUUUGUCAAGAAUGUGGCAAAGUCUCUCAUAGUCCUUCACACUUUAAGGAUCAUUCCAGAGUCCAUACUGGAGAGAAGCCUUUCAAAUGCAAUGAGUGUGACAGAGCCUUUCCCCACUAUUCAUCAUUGAGUAGACAUAGGAAAACUCAUAAUCCAGAGCAAAUGCACAAAUGUAAAGAAUGUGGUAAGUCCUUUCUUGAAUUAUCAUAUCUUAAAACUCAUUACAGAAUCCAUACUGGUGAAAAGCCUUUCAAAUGUAAGGUAUGUGACAAAUCCUUUACCUACCACUCAGCCCUUAAAACACACCAGAAAGUUCACACUGGGGAGAAGCCUUACAAAUGUACGGAAUGUGAUAAGUCUUAUACUCGAUUCUCAUCUCUAAGAGCACAUCAGAAAAUUCAUACUGUAGAGAAACCUUACAAAUGCAAAGACUGUGACAUGUCCUUUAUUGAUCUUGCAAGUCUUAUAAAACAUCAAGGAGUUCAUACUGGAGAAAGACCUUACAGAUGUAAGGAAUGUGACAAAUCCUUUACCAGUUUCACAGUUCUUAAAAGACAUCAGAUAGUUCAUACUGGGGAGAAACCUUACAAAUGUAUGGAAUGUGAAAAGUCCUUUACUCAGGAGUCAAAUCUUAGAAGACAUCAGAGAGUUCAUACUGGAGAGAGACCUUUAAGUUGUAAAGAAUGUGACAAAUCUUUUACAAGGUGCUCCUACCUCAGAGCACAUCAGAAAAUCCAUACUGGGAAACCAUACAAAUGCAAUGACUGAUAUAUCCUUUAUCCUAAUUUUGAGUCUUAGAAGACAUUAGUAAAUUCAUACUGGGCAGAAACAUACCAUUGUAAAUAAUGUGACAUAGCAUUUUCCAGUUCUCUGCUUUCAGAUCACAGCACUACACAAAAUAGAAACAUAAAUUUGUGAAAAUCUUUAAUGAAGGCUUACAUCUUAAAAAAUAUUCUAGAGUUUAUAUUAAAUAAAAUUCUGGAAAUAUAA